CGGAGUUAAUGCAUGGAUAUGUGUGUUCCCUCAUCAUCAUCUUUUCGAUCAAGACUUCGAUCUGAUGGAAGAGAUAGAAGACAGAAAGGCAAAAGUAGCCAAAAUGUCAACAAGCAAGACUGAUGAUCAAAUUGGUCAACCCUCAACGUCAUCAAGACCUUCUGCGCAUACACAACGUUAUGAUCGUCAACUACGUCUUUGGGCAUCUUCAGGACAAGCAUCGUUAGAAUCAGCAAAUGUGGCCAUUCUCGGGGCAGGUUAUUUGAGCGCAUGUGUGAUCAAAAAUCUAGUUCUACCAGGGAUGGGAAAAUUCGUGCUGGUUGAUUCUCGUUCGAUAGAUGAAGCAGAUUUAGGCAAUAACUUUUUCAUCUCUUCUUCUGCCAAAGGAAAAGGUAGAGCAGAAGAAGUUUUGCAAAAUUUACUCGAACUCAAUCCGGAAGUGAAAGGGGAGGCGAUCAAGCAAGAACCUGCAAAAUGGGCGCAAGAUGUUGAUCUUGAUGCAUUCACAAUGGUUAUCGCUGUCAAUCAACCAUCUUCAGUGCUCUUGCCUCUAGCAGCAAAAGCUUGGCAGGCCAAAGGUGGAGUAGGUAUCCCACUCAUGACUGUGGCUGGCGCAGGAUUGAUAGGAGAAAUCAGCGUUCAAAUCAAGGAAGCUGGAAUUAUCGAAACACAUCCUGAUAACACCAUCGAUCUACGGCUUACACGACCGUGGGCUGAAUUGGAAGCAUAUGCUGACUCGUACGACAUGGACGCUUCUGAUACGAUGGCAAGAAGCCAUAUUCCUUUUGUGAUUGUCUUGCUACGCAAGCUUGAAGAAUGGAGCCAAACACAUGACGGAAAGCUUCCACAGCCAUCAAAAGACAGAAAGGCAUUCACAGAUUCGAUCAAUGAAUUACGCAAAGGCAGUGAUGCUGAUGAGGAAAAUAUCGAUGAAGCUUUAGCUGCUUUGGGUCAACAUAUUUGGAGACCCAUAGCGAAUGGAUUGGAAACGAAGAUACCGAGCGAAAUUGAUUCACUACUGAAAGACGAGGCAUGCACCAACAUCUCUAGUAAAUCAACCAAUUUCUGGCUUUUAGUCAGAGCUCUGCGUGAAUUCGUCGAAAAGGGAGAUGGCACACUCCCAUUACCAGGUUCGCUACCGGAUAUGAAGGCACAAUCUUCAACGUACGUGGAACUACAAAAGCUGUACAAGACCAAAGCAUCUGAGGACGUACAGCAACUACAGCAACAUUUAGAAGAGAUUCUUAACCAAGUUGGUCUACCGUCCAAUGCAAUCUCUCAGGAUGAAAUCGAGAGUUUUGCCAAGCAUACAUCUUACCUGAAAUUGAUUCGUGGAAGACCUUUGAACGACAGGCUUGAGAAACCAGACGCCAAUGCGAUCAGUAUGGCAUUCAUGGAUCCGGUCAACCCCGUAACGAUACCGUAUCAUGUUGCAUUGGUCGCAUCAGAGGAUUUUGCCGGCAAGAACGGUGGUCGAUACCCUGGUAGCAACUUAGCACUAUCUCUCAAUAUAACCGGGUCUGACGGGGAAGGUUCUAGAUCUGAGUCGGAGUUGGAAUCCGAGCCUGAACUGGAGCAAGACGUUUCUGCGUUGGUCAGUCUAGCGAAUGCAAGAUUGUCCUUAUGGGGCGUAGAGCUAGAUGAAGAUCAAAUGGAAUUGGUUCAAGACGCAUGUGCAGAAGUUGCUAGAUCCGGUCAUGCUGAUUUGCCCAACACGGCAGCUUUGUUGGGAGGUGUUGCAGCACAAGAAGCAAUCAAGCUCGUCACACGACAAUACGUUCCUUUGGACAAUGUAGCAAUCUAUGACGGAGUCAAACAAGCUAUCGGGGUGUUCAAAUUGUAAGUAUUCUAUUCAUAAAUCUCUUACCCAUCUUUUGUAACACAAUGUGUAAAUCCAUGUUCAUGUGCAUAUUUUGAAAAACACAAAGUGGAUAAGAUUAAAGUUUGCUAUAUCUACAAGCCAGACAGAGAGGAAAAGAUUCAAAUCCUUCUGAAGUUGUUGGUCGAUGUUCUCAAACAGCAAGGAUUGACAGUCAGAUAUCU